AGUGUCAACAAUGUAUAAAAUGCCACUCAAAGUUUGACCUAAUGAAGCGAAGGCAUCAUUGUCGUAGAUGUGGCCUUUGUUUUUGCAACGUGUGCUGUGCUAGUAAAGUGUGUCUUCCAAGGAUGAACUUUGUUGACCCCGUCCGUAUGUGUUCCGACUGUUCGAUCGUGACCAAGAAAGAAAAUGAAUUUUAUGACAAGCAUCUCAAAGCACUGAUUUCAGGUAGUUUCUUCGUUCUGUCGGGCCUUGAUGCCGAAGUAAACAAUGUUGUGACGUAUGUAAAGCUGACAACUAAUCACAGAACUUUAAUGUUUACCGAGGAAAAACCUGACAGGGAGAUGUCUAAAUCAACAUAUUGGGUUUACGACCCCAUAGAUGUUGUCAACAUACAGAAUCUUCAUAUUGAUACAACUGGUGAUAGUGGCCAAGGUUUUACUGUGCCUAAAGCAGUAGUGAUAAAAUUCAAGUAUUUGGACAGAAGUAAAGAGGUGACCCUGACUGUGGCAGAUGACCCUUCCAAGAAGCAGUCAAUGGCAUGGAUUGUAGCGCUACAAAAGGCUGUGAAAAUGUUAAUGGCUUCUAAGAACACUUAGGAGGGCAAGACAAUGGACCUAUCUGGAGUGUCAAUCAGACUGAACCGACUAAUCAGAACGUGUUAUUCAAUAGGCUGGACCAGGAAUGCACGCAUGUCCCACAAACUAACGAGAGUUACGUUUAUAAUGCACACUUAGCCAUGUUUGUCUACCUAAUGGCUGUCACUUUAUGGAAUCUUAACAACAAUAUCCAAGGGUGGGGCUUAACGGAACAUUCCAUUGGCAGCCAACUUUCAUUCUCCUGAUUUUUUCAGUAUCAUUCAACAAUUUGUUUUUAAUGUAUUCAAAAUGAAAAAUGUAUUGUAUAUUUUAUAUUGUAUUUCCCAACUGACCAUUCAGUUAAUUUACUAUGUAAUUGUCAGUGUUGUCAUAUAUAACAAAUGCAUACUUGUAUCUAUCUAUAUACCGUACCCAUGUCUUGUCAGUCUGAAUUUUUGGCAUAUAAUUGUUUAACUAUUUUACCCCUCAAAUCAGACAUUUUUAAUUUUUUGGUUAAAUUUAAAUUUAUUUCCUAUUUCUUAAAAGUAAAAUAAUAGUUACAUUAGUAGUUGUCAUUCAAUAAAAAAUUAAAGUUAAAAUAAGUAAUUCUCUUGCCAAUUAAAUGGUGUAUAAAUAGUAGCUUUUCUACAUUAUGUUCUUUUGCAUAGACUCUUAAAUUAGCUGGUAAUCAAGUUAACAAAACUGUAUUAAGUUGAUUGAAAAUAUGCUCCCACUGGGAGUGUGUGAAUACUGCUGCGCUUAAGUUUGUUUAGGUUUGAAUACCAAGCAGACCGCUGAGUUUUAUUUUCUUGGAAUGCCAACUUGAGCAUUAUUAUCGGUUCCCAAAAUGUUAACAAAGGAAAAUAGAUUAGGAUAAAGAAAGUGACUGCAGCCAUAGAGGGCAGUAGUCAAUGAAUGAGCUAUUCAAAUUUUUUUUGGGUUUUUUUUAAAUAUUUAAAAGAAAUUACUAAAUACAAGGCUGAAAGCGACUGAAGGUAUAGGAAAGAAAAUGAUGAAAAUAAAAAGCAAGGGAAAUAAGAUAAUUUAACAAAGAAUAUAACAAUCAAACAUUAACAAUGCAUUUCAGUUUUGUGUUCAAAUUAUAUUUAUUCACACCCUGCUUAAAACAGGAGAGGUUAUAUUUUAAAUGGAAACCACACGCAGAAGGGGAAUUCCUCAAAUCUGUGUUACUGGAAAAAAAGAUUUUUAUAUCCGAUGAGGAGCUUAAGGAAUAUCCGGCUGAUUGACUGUGUUUUUUUUAAUUUUUUUUCGAAAAAAAAAAAAUAACUGGCCUGUCCAGGUAGUGAACCAGGGACCCCUCACACCCUCAAUAAGCCAUAGUUAUUGACUUUCACACCCUAAUCUACAUUCAUGCCUGUAGAUCAAUGAGCCAUAGUUACUAUGUAAUUUUGAAGGAGCUCUAGGAAUACUCUGCUGAUUGAUUGAUUGUUCGAUUGAUUAAUAGAUCUUUUUUGUAUGGGCGGCCGUUAGUGCCAACACACUCUACUGCCUCUAUUAUACUGUCCUCAUCGGAGCUUUCGAGAUUACGAGAACUUGUUUUUAAAUUUGCUGUGUACAAAAUGUGAUGUAGAGUUACAUAAUGUGAUUGAUAAUACUUUAUAUUUAUUUAAUUAUGGGAGCAGGUAAAAUCAACAGGUACACUGUUUAGGCUAGAAAUGAAAUUUUAUUUUUAUAGAAAUCAUCAGCAAGUGUUUGGUUUAUCAAAGCAAUGUAUAAUAAAUGUCUUAGCUCAAGUUAUGUAAAGAUACAGAACUGAGAUAAUUUUGGACAGGGAGGAAGCUUGCUUUCAGUUCGCCUUCCAAUUCAAGACCACCUUUCGGACCUGAAUAUUUGGGGUGGUCUCGCGAUUUAACUCCUUUAGAGGGUUGGCUUUGUGUUAAAAGAUUGAAGAUUGUCAUAUGGUUUUUUUUUAGAAAGUGUUCUCGAAUUAGAAGGGUCUAGAAAUAGAGGGGUCCCGAAUUGGAGGGUGCACUUUAUUAUUAUUGCAUUAAUUAUUUUUGGCCAUUAUAUAUAUUAUAUAAAUUAUAAAAUAUUAUAUUUUAUCAGUGUUUACUUACUCAUAAAAAAAUUAUUGAUUUGAGUAAAAUAAUUACAGAUUAGACAUGAUUGUGAUGUCUUCCCUUGAUUUAAAAAAAAAAAUUAUGAAUCACUCUGCUGAAAAUGUUGAAGCUGGCUUUUUCCCUAUCUCUUCGUACACUAGUAAAAUUCAAGUUUAUUCUAAAAUGAAAUGUAAUUAUCUAUUUAAAAAUAUAUAAAUAAAAUUAAAUUAAAAAAUUAAAUUAGAUAUAAGAAAAAAAUGCACAAAAAUAAAUUUUAAAAUGCAUAUAAUUAACUGGACAUACUCUAUAUAAUGACAUUUGCCAGUGUUAUCUCAUAUGAAUAUUCACUUCAUUCAUUCCUGCCUGUGUUGCUUAUCAUUCUCUAAUCUAUCAGGUGAUGAAAUAAGCCAAAUAUGUCGAUUAACCUAAUUUUUUCGGUUAAACUCGGGUGGCGCCAGGAUACCCCUGACGAGUGAUCCAUCGUUCCAAGAACGAUGGGCCAGAGUCCACAACCACCAUUUUUCUAUUUUACCCUACAGAUUUUACAGUGGCUCCCCGACCAAGGGCCCAGGCCCAGUCAGCCGGACGCGCUGGUUCCACUCCUGUCUAUACAUCAAGCUUGAAUCAAUAUUCAGACUUGAUGGUAAUACUGUAGUUGUAUUCAAAUGUUAAAUGUUAAAAUUGCUAAUAAGUAAAAUCCUAUGCAUCUUUAGUAGUGUUUGUAUAAAACAAACUACGUUAUUAGCGUUUUCAUUGUACUUGAUAACAAUUUUGUAUGUAUAAUGUAACCAAAAUGUAUCCUUGUACAGAAUAUCAAAAUGUUGAUAUUUCUUAAGUGGUGCUGUAAUUACCUAACGAAACAUGUGAAUACGAGCUGAACAUAUAAAUUUUUCUGUAUAUUAAAAUGUAAUACU